AUGAUUCAUUCCGCUAUGCCAGCUGGCGACGCAGCAUUCCUCCCCCACCCUCUUUCUCUCCACUCCCUUCCCUGCCCCCGGGCCAUCCAUCAGAACUUUUCGCGCACUCCGAAAACCCCCGCGGGCCGCGAAAAGAGAAGACUGCCCACAGCGAAAGGGCAUGGGGGAGAGAAAGGGCAUGGGGGAGAGAAAGGGAAUGGGGGAGUGAAAGGGCAUGGGGGAGUGAAAGGGCAUGGGAGAGAGAAAGGGCAUGGGGGAGUGAAAGGGCAUGGGGGAGUGAAAGGGCAUGGGGGAGUGAAAGGGCAUGGGGGAGUGAAAGGGCAUGGGGGAGUGAAAGGGCAUGGGGGAGUGAAAGGGCAUGGGGGAGUGAAAGGGCAUGGGGGAGUGAAAGGGCAUGGGGGAGUGAAAGGGCAUGGGGGAGUGAAAGGGCAUGGGGGAGUGAAAGGGCAUGGGGGAGUGAAAGGGCAUGGGGGAGUGAAAGGGCAUGGGGGAGUGAAAGGGCAUGGGGGAGUGAAAGGGCAUGGGGUAGUGAAAGGGCAUGGGGGAGUGAAAGGGCAUGGGGGAGUGAAAGGGCAUGGGGGAGUGAAAGGGCAUGGGGGAGUGAAAGAGCAUGGGGGAGUGAAAGGGCAUGGGGGAGUGAAAGGGCAUGGGGGAGUGAAAGGGCACGGGGGAGUGAAAGGGCAUGGGGGAGGGAAAGGGCACGGGGGAGUGAAAGGGCACGGGGGAGUGAAAGGGCAUGGGGGAGUGAAAGGGCAUGGGGGAGUGAAAGGGCAUGGGGGAGUGAAAGGGCAUGGGGGAGUGAAAGGGCAUGGGGGAGUGAAAGGGCAUGGGGGAGAGAAAGGGCAUGGGGGAGAGAAAGGGCAUGGGGGAGUGAAAGGGCUGCAUAGAGGUGGCAAGGGCAGUCGUUUCGCUCCAACCAUGAGAGAGUGGUUGCGUUCCUUACUUUCUCCCCACACCCAUCCCUUCUUCCCUAUCCCUUCACCUCUCCACCUCUCAAUAAGCACGCAAACGGUCUGUCACCUGCACACAGGUCAACAAUCCCACGCCCUUGGCCAUGGGCAGCAGUGGCCGGCGCUGCACCAACCCUCUCACAAAAUCCAGUGA